CGCCCCCAAACGGCCCCCAACCGUUGCCAUUGGUGGCUUAAGCACAGAAGCGUGCAUCAGGUUGAGGUGUGCCAGUGUGGCCGGUCUUGCAGAUCCGAGCUCUGCAGGAUCUGCCCUGCUGCAGAUGAUAAUGAGCCAAGGCUGCUAAUCAAUGGGCCAAAUUGGCAAGUACACGCACAAAGCGUUUGCCGGGAUUGUGGUGAUUCUAUCGCUUGCAUACGUCGUGAUGGUUGUGGUCGAAGGUGGGAGGGGUGUAUACAAGGAGUGUGUUUUGGUCGAGAGCCACGAGACGAACACUCGUCAUCUGAGCAAGGAGGACUUUGCGCAGUACUCUUUUGGCAACUCGAUCAUCACCCUCGCCGCUUUCUUACCGACAGCGCCUGUGGCCGCCUGCAUGCUCGCAUUCGCUGCAACGCCUUACCUGCGUCGAGUGUCCGAGUACGCCUUGGUUUUAUGGACGAGCAAGUGGAUGCAUGUGGUCUCCAACCUGCUGGAGUGCUCCGGCUGGUCUUACUGGAUUGUGAUGGUGCCUGCCUACCUCUUCGCGCUGCUGUACAUAACCUCCUUCGUCAUGUUCCUCCUGCUUCUACUGCGCCAAGUCAGAGCCCUGGAGGACAGCUCCUACUUGGACCUUGGCUCGUCGCGCCUGCGUUCGUCUCUGAGGCGCCUGUCGGCGAGCUUUACCUUCACCGCGCUGGUGGCCAUGUCCUGGAAUUCGGGCCUCUGGGGCGACCAGGGCGAGCAUCCGAUGAGAGUGGUCACCUCGAUGCUCUCCUGGGCGCGCCUCGCUCAGAUGAUCCACGUCUCGCUGCUUCCGAUCCAGGCGAUCGGACGAGUGCAGAGGCUGGCUUCCGGCGCGCUGCUGUCGGAGAGCGCCAGGGCGCUCGAGGAAGCCAGGCAGGCUCCGAGAUUUCUCAGGCUCCAGCAGCUCGGUGUCGCCGCCGGCCUGGCCACCUCCCUCGUGUGGGUCGCCCUGUUUAUCUGGUCCUACCGGGCCCUCUGGCCGCUGCCCGACGCGAGCGAGGAGGCGAAGACGCCGCUGCUCGUGCUCGCCGUGUCGCAGCUGCCUGGGAUGGUAGACACGAUCUUCAACUCGCUGGCGAGCCUUGCAAUCAGCGGAGCGUUCUUCGGCGCCCUGAGCGGUGGGAGGGCGCUGCUCAAAGGCGAGGCAGCGCGCUUGGAGAAGUGGACGAAGGCUGCGAAGGAGUGGUCUUCUCAUCCAGAUGCCGACUGGCAGGCAAAGGUGGCAGAGAUGGCUUGCCGAGGAGUAUCUCUGCAAGCCCUGCUCGGUUUCUAUCGCCGCCUGGGCAAAGAUCUGAUGCCUGGCUUCGACCCCUCGCGCCACACCACGCAUGACGUGGUGUUCCGAGCGAUCAUCCCUGAAUCGAGCCAUCAUCGGAAGUCCAUGGCGCAGGUCAUGAUGGAGGACAAGCGUGUAGAACCCGAGAUUAUGGUGACCCAUAAUUGGCAGAACUUGUUCUCGGACUUGAUUUCUGCAAUCGUCGCAGACGCAUUGGGCGAAAAGGAAUACUGCAGGGUGUCUCACUUGCUUCUCAAUGACAUCGACACUAUCGAGAGCUGGAUCGAUUAUGCUGGCGUCGGUCAGCGCACCUACUGGGUAUGCGCCUUUUCCGUCAACCAGCACACAUCCACCUGUGAAAGCACCUUUGGGUUGGAGGACUCCGUGACAGGCGAGAAGUAUCCCGCUUGCAGAUGUGGGCUGCCCAAGGCAUUCAACAAGACCCCACCGCUGUCCAGCGAGGGACAAAGCAUCGAGUGCGAGAUGAACAAGUUCGAGCCCAUGGUCCAGACCCUCUCGGCCAGGAGCAGGAACUUCUCGCAGCUUGUUGCGGUGGACAGGCGCUUCGAGGUGUUCAACCGAGCGUGGUGCGUCGCCGAGAUUGCGGCAUCGAACUCCAUGGGAAUGGUCCAGAGGUUGCAGCUCCCAUCGCGACGGAUACUCCAGGAGAACCUGCAUGUGCUCUCCCGUCUGGAGAUCUGCAGCAUGGGGGCCAGCAGGCCCGAGGACAAGGAGGAGAUCUUGCGCCACAUCUCGGACCACGAGGCCUUCGACAGGAGGCUGAGGGACAUGCUGCUGGUCCAGCUGCUGCCCUCGUGGUCCACGCUGGACUCGCGGGACCACAUGUUUUUGGCAGGCAGGGUUGCUCGCUGGCAGGUCGCUGCCUGCAGGCUAUCCAGCAGGGUGUGGGAUCCGGAUCUCGAGGGCACGCCGGGCCACCCGAUCGAUCUGUGAGGAUCCUGGGGCCCCGUGCCGUGUGGUGCGGUAGCUGUCGCUCGCCUCCUCAGGGGUGACGCCGCUGUGCCUUGUGCGCGCGAUGACGUGGUCUUCCAGGCACGCCCCAAGAGAGCCCCCAGAGCGGAGGCAGGGGCCGAUUUUUCGGGUUCUUCGCCCCAGUGACCCCUCCAGAAGCCCCCAGAGACGCCCAACAUGGCGUCCCGACGUCCAGCGAGCCCAAAACAUGAUGCGCAUUCAAGCACACAGCGUCAAGCGGACAACAUCGCAUUGCCGUCAUCGUGGCGAGAGGUUGCGCUGCGCGCAUAGCCCGCCGGCGGGCGAACGCGCGCGGUGCUCGUGCCUCGUGGGCGUCAGCGGCCUUGGACCGCGGACCACGAGGAUUUCUAGUUCUCUCCCCUUUCCUCCUCCUCCUCCUCCUCCUCCUCCUCCUCCUCCUCCUCCUCCUCCUCCUCCCCGUCCUCCCCCUGUCCUCGUUUUAAGGCGCGGGCGCGCGCGCGCCUAACGGCGGGGCAAAGUAGCUCACACCCCGCGACCGCGCCCUCGCCUAGUGAGCUUUCGCCGCGCGUUGUGCGCAGCGGUCAUGGCCCUCCUCGUCCCCCCUCCUCCCCUCCUUUCCUCCUUCCCCUCCUGCCCGUCCAGCCCCGUCCGAUGUGGUGACGGUAACCUGGCCGGCCACUGUUGCGCGCUGCCGCUUUCGUGCUCGAGCCCGAUUUCGUUGGACGCGGUCAUAGCCCCCAUGAUGCCCAUGAGGGGAAGCGGAUCUAAAGCUGAAUGACCCUGGGCGGGCAACGUGCGCUUGUGCUCACAGCUGUUCUCGUCAACGAAUGAUCGCUCCACUCCAGGCCGUCCAAGAUGGCCUCCAGACGGCCCAGCUUGCCCC